GAGAUUUGGCAGGUCGUGCAGAACUAUUGGGGAAAACAUCUCUAAAGAUCUGGAACGUGACCCGGACAGACUCAGCCCUUUAUCGCUGUGAGGUGGUUGCUCGAAAUGAUCGCAAGGCCAUUGACGAGAUUGUCAUUGAGCUAACGUGAUUGCACUUAGGCUGUAGAACGACUGAACUGGCUGCUUUGUAGAGAAGAGAUUGGAAGGGGACAAAACGUGGAGCAGGGGCUCCGCUUCACUGCCAAGAGAAGGAGGGCUACCCCCCACCACACUACAGCUGGUACCGCAACGACGUGCUGCUGCCCACAGAUUCCAGAGCCAACCCCCGAUUUCGAAAUUCCUCUUUUCUCUUAAACUCUGAAACAGGCACUCUGGUUUUCAGCGCCGUUCACAAGGAGGACUCUGGGCAGUAUUACUGCAUCGCUUCUAAUGACGCAGGUUCAGCCAGGUGUGAGGAGCAGGAGAUGGAAGUCUAUGACCUGAACAUCGGCGGAAUUGUUGGUGGGGUUCUGGUUGUCCUUGCUGUACUGGUCCUAAUAACAGUGGGCAUCUGCUGUGCAUACAGACGUGGUUACUUCAUCAGCAAUAAGCAGAAUGGGGAAAGUUACAAGAAUCCAGGGAAGCCAGAUGGAGUUAACUAUAUCAGGACAGAUGAGGAGGGCGACUUCAGACACAAGUCCUCAUUUGUGAUCUGAAAUCUGACGGUGUGGCCGAGAGCACAUGCAAUACCUCUACUGGAAAUUUCUAUCGAGAGCAACCUGGAGCGAAGUGAACUUGGACAGAGCUAGACACCUGUGCAAAAGCUUUUUGUUUUGGCCAAAGUUGACCGCUACUUCUUACUUUUUAACAAGCCACGUGAAUAAAAGAAUUUUCCUCAAGAUGCACACAGUCAUCACAAGAGAAAGAAAUUGAGUGGGUUCCCGGAGGUGGAUUCUAGUCUUGGGCCUGGCCUCCUACCUGAUUGGUGGGAGGAUUUGGAAGCUCUUGCUCACAGACUCUGCUGAGGUGGGCACUGUGGCCCUGGGAAGCCAGUUGAUUUGCCACUUGCUGUCAUCAGCCAGGGUGAGCCCCACUUGAGGGGUGACGAGGUAGCUGUGUCACGCCAGCAGUGUAGGGCUUGGUAAUGUGAAUCCCAGCGUGAAACCCUGCAGCUGCAAAGUUUGAAUCACUGAGACUCCAGAACAGAGGCUUUUAAUGCAAUGACUUUGUCUCACAGUGGUCCACAGACAGCCCUGCCCCAUUUCUUUUUAAAGGCAUUGUCGAUCAGUGUUAUAGUAACCAUCUUGGAGAAUCUUUUUGGAUCAGCAUUUUAUAAAAACAGGCAAAAUCCAGGUCAAUUGCUUGUUGAAAGGGGCCUUCUUUCUUGCCUGUAGGAACCCUGCUUGUCCAUGGAGGGUUUCAGUAUUUAAGGAAAACCUCCAUCUUAGGCUAAAUCCAAAAUGGUACUAAAAUAACAUUCUGCUUUUCUAUGGGUGUUUAUUUUAUAAAAUUUUACAUUCUAAAUUUUUGCUAAAGAUGUAUUUUGAUUAUUGAAAAGAAAAUUUCUAUUUAAACUGUAAAUAUGUUGUCAUACAAUGUUAAAUAACCUAUUUUUUACAAAAAGUUCAACUUAAGGUAGGUGUUCCAAGCUACUCGUGUUAAAUUGGAAAAUGUCAAUAAUUAAAAGUAUCUUAUCCGAAGGAAUCCUAUCAAGGCUUACUGGAACAUUCCUUUUUCCACGUUUGUAGCAUUUUUCACAAGAGAACUUACGCCCUCUAUACAUCAGACCAUUGUUGCUUAGGAAACCUAUAAAAAUUCCAGUUGAGUAAUGUCAAAAUCUGUUUGCAUCUCUCCAAAAGAAACAUAAACUGUUAGGUUAGCCUUGAACUACCUCUUCCUUCGAUUACGAAAACUACCUAUGCCCAAAGACCACCCAGAAGCUUUUAGACAUAUGUGUGCAAACCAUGUUAGUCAACUCCAGGGUUGAGUCAUAUGCCCGUCCAAGUGGGUACUGGCCACUAACUUCUAAGGCUAGCCAGCAUGUCCCUUUCAACCUUUAAUGCUCUGGCUUUGUGCCAUUAGCUUUAAUAUGCUCAUGUGCCACAGGCACUUGGCUCAGCCUAGGACAGUUGUAAGGUGCAUACUUCAGGAAAGGUGGGUCUUCUCCAUGUGGCACCACUGGGACACAGCUCUUACUGAUUGCCGAUGGCUCCUGAAACAAAGCAGCUAUUGCUAUUGGGUUUUUCGGUUCAUUUUACUUAUUCGUGUAGUUCAUAAGACUGUCCAGGGCCAAAGGCCGGUUUGAAAUCAAAUCUGUCAACCGUGAUCUUUUUUAAAGGAAAUGAAUUCCACCAUUCCUCUUUGGCACAGAGAAAGCAACGAGACACCGCAGGUUCUCACUUCCCAGUAAACCGUACGUGGCGGCAGCCGGGCCAGCCCUUUGGAGACGAUCAGGGGGUGCAGCCGGGGCGAAAGCCUGAUGGUGAGAGGAAGGUGCCCAAUCAAAGGCAGUGUUCCCAUUUUGAUUUUAGAGUUUUUAUCUACCCCAAGACACGGCUCACUUUGUGGGGGACAUUAGAAACAUUCAAAAGCCUUUGUUCUUCAAGAGCAGACGUUCUUAGCCUCAGAUGCAUUGCUGUGUUAACUCAUGAUAUGAAGCGGUUUGAAGCAGAGCUUCUCAGAGGAAUGCCUCCGAUUCCAUUGUGUGCUUAGAGGAUGGUUUUUAUAUAGAAGAAUGUAGUCAUCUUGGGAUUAAACUUUCAGUGUCUUACUUUUUUUAUACUUUGAGGUUUUUUUAAAUUAAAUACUUGAGACUUAUGUUGACUUUUCUUUUUAAAGUUAGGUGAAACACUUUGCCACAGGCUACUUGGCAGAGGCAGUUGGCAGCUCUUUCUAAUUGUUUAAUGGUACCUAUCUUUGCAUUUGUGUCUUGAAUGCUUAGAAUUCAGACUAUCCUUCCAUCUUCACCUCCUCUUGGUAGAAAGGGAUAGCUUCCUCCUUCUCUAAUUGUUGGAGAAUCAACUCUAGCCUCCAUCUUGGUUGUCAGUGAUAGGGUGGCCUUACUGCCUCCUCCUUAUGCCCUAAAACCUCCUACCCUAGUGCCACGUGAACCAGGUCUCACAGAGGAGAGAGAAGUGAAAUGUGGAGUCUGGGAAGUAGUUGCCUUUACUGUAAAAAUGUAGACAGAAAAGGAACAUUCAUGUUUUUUCAGAUGUGAAUGUGACUAAAGACUCACGGCCUCUACAAGGUUGUUGUGGCCUUUGGUGUGGCUGUUGCUGUACAUAGAUGUUAGACUUGUACUAACACACCUGUAAGUUGUAUUGGUUAAACCUCCAUAAAAGCUUAAAAAAAAAA